CCUGGAGCUGCAAGCCGUCAAGAUAGCCACUGAGUCGAAGCUGCAGCUGUGCGGGGGCUGGACUGGGCAGGCUGGCUACGCGCUGGAUGGAUGCGUGGAUGCUGGCCUGCUCAGACCACCGCCGCAGCCGCACUCCAGCCAACUUGGUACUGUUUAUGCCACGAAGAGGAGGAGGCGGAAUGGGAAAAGCAUCAAACCGCCAUCUAAAGACGGUGUCACGAAGAGCAACCCGAGCAAGCGACACAGAGAACGUCUCAACGCUGAGCUGGACACCUUGGCUUCCUUACUGCCCUUCGAGCAGAACAUACUCAGCAAGCUGGACAGACUGUCCAUACUGCGCCUGUCCGUCAGCUAUCUGCGGACUAAGAGCUACUUUCAAGUGGUCAUGCACAAAGAAAAAGAAGAUAUCCACGGUCACCGGAGAGAACACUCGCCCUACGACCACGCCAUGCCUGAUGGGGAAAUGUUCUUACAGGCACUCAACGGUUUCCUGAUGAUCCUGACGUGUGAGGGCGAGGUGUUCUUCGCUACACACAGCAUCGAAAGUUACUUAGGCUUCCAUCAGUCGGACAUAGUCCACCAGUCAGUUUACGAGCUCGUCCACUCAGAAGACCGGGAGGAGUUGCAGCGUCAGAUCCUGUGGAACUCCUUCUUACCUCCAGAAGUCAGCAACCUGACGCUGCAAGAUGUUCUGCGGCCAGACAGGGCGCAUCUGUUAGAAAGGAGCUUCACUGUCAGAUUUAGAUGUUUACUUGACAAUACUUCUGGGUUCUUGAGGCUUGACAUCCGAGGUCGCAUCAAAGUGCUACACGGGCAGAACAAGAAAACAGAAGAACCUCCAUUAGCUCUCUUUGCAAUAUGCGCGCCCUUCGGACCUCCCAGCCUUCUGGAAAUCCCUCAGAAGGAAGUCAUGUUCAAGAGCAAACACAAGCUCGACCUGUCUCUAGUCUCUAUGGAUCAACGGGGUAAAAUGUUGCUAGGUUACACAGAUGCUGAGCUGGCGAAUAUGGGUGGCUAUGAUCUAGUACAUUAUGAUGAUCUGGCUUACGUUGCUAGCGCUCAUCAAGAAUUAUUAAAAACAGGUGCUUCCGGAAUGAUCGCUUAUCGCUUCCAAACAAAGGAUGGUCAGUGGCAGUGGCUGCAGACCUCUUCCAGACUAGUCUACAAAAAUUCUAAACCUGACUUCGUUAUCAGUACGCAUCGACCGCUCAUGGAAGAAGAAGGUAGAGACCUACUCGGUAAAAGGACAAUGGACUUCAAAGUGAGCUACCUCGACACCGGUCUCACAAGCCUCUACUUCUCGGAGACGGAACAGCUAUCCGGCUGCGAAACGAAUGUCACAACUCCUCCUCGAACCGCCAGAAGAUACAAAACGCAACUUCGAGAUUUCCUAUCAACUUGUAGGAAUAAACGGAGAGUUCCCACAACUCCUGCGCCGCCUCCCGUGGACUAUUUAGCAGCAGACGCAGUUGCAGCAGCAUACACCAAUUUAAAUGGCGCCUACACUGCCCCCUACGGAGAAUACCCUCCAGCCCCAACCUUACACUACGCCCCGCCACCUCUAGACGACAGAUUCUUAACAGCAGAUAACCUCUUCCAUCAAUAUAAACCUCUAUCUUACCAUUACACUCCUUACGCGCCGAAUGGCUUCCUCGAACCGGCCCCUCCGCCUGGGUACGAAGUGGCUCCUACAUACCAUCGGCCGCCUUCGAGAGAGUAUACGUACGUGGACAGUAGUGGCAGGUAUAUGAGUCCUGUGACGGGACAGGAGAGGAGGUCACCUUCCGUAGUGCCUGGGCCGAGUCCUGCUGGGUCGAGUAACUCGGAGCAGGAGCGGAUGCAGCAGCCUCAAGCCUCGGAGAUGCCUCGGCAGACGGUGCUCAUGUGGGGUGCUGGCGGGGCGGCGCAAGAGGUCCCCGUCGAAUACUCCCCUCCCCAGGUUUGGCGUUACCAUCCUUCACAUUAUCAUACCGCUGAAGCCACUCAAUGAAUUUUCUUUGACUCCCAAACUUGACAUGAAUUUUGGAACUGAUUUUUCGGUUUGCAUCGAAGAAAUCUUCUCAAAAUUAUUAUAACGUAAAUACUUAGAAAAAUAUUGCAAUCUUUGUUACCAAGACUUGAUUUUCUUGUACCUCGCUCAGUGGUGAGACCGAAUCGGUCGUUAGGUCUUUUAGACUUAAACAGGGUCCUUCCAGUAUCUACUUGUAGAUACUUCUUGAUGUAUAUUUAAUUCGAGAAUUUUAUCCAAAUAUAUUAAAGUAUAGUCGUUUAGUAGUUUAAAUUGUACGGAUCACGACGCAAUGUUACAGCAUAGGUCUAGGUUAUUUUUGUAAAUAUUUUUUUAUAUUCGAUUUGAAUGACGAAUCCUCGGUAUAAUUGGACGAUUGUUUUCAAAAAUCUCUGUAAAAUUGUUAUGUGUGAUAUAACCUGGGGAUUUUUUUUAAUUCAAUGCCUUGUUUAUAUGAGGUCAACAUCACAUAAACAAUCUCUAACAAUAAUAUCCAAACCUUGGGACAUGUCGUCAUGAUGCAAUACCAUAUCUCUUUCUCUAGGCAUUCGAUUUUUUUGAUUGUCAGAUGCCACAUCUAUAUUUAUAAUUAUGUUUGUUAUUAUAAUUUGUGUUACUAUCGUUACAGGCACUUCACAGUACUUUAAGUUACGCGGCAAGCCUCGUAUAAACAAGGUACAUUUUAACUUAUAUUUCAAUUUCGCUCAGUUUCAAAUCAAAGUGAAAUAUUUAUGCAAUACAUAUCAUUAUAUUACGCACGCAAUUUAAGUUCACUUUUCACUUGAAAUCAGCAGUCGACCCAACAAGUAGCCUUUGACAUCUCAAUAUUAUCAAAUUGUUUGUAAUUCUUCUUCCUAUGUUUAAAUUUGGAAACCAAAGCCUGCAGUGGCUUCUAUAUACAGAACAACUAAUGAUGGACCUUAUUCAGAUUCCAUAGCUAUUCCUUUGUCAACAUCUUUAUUAUAACCAUCUAAGGCUAUGGAAUUUGAAUCAAGUUCUUCAUAAGUUUCUCGUUAUUGCUUAUGCACUGUGUCUUCAAGCUUCUGGUCGACUGCAUCCACUGCCGAACCAACGCCACGUAGCAUUGUAAAUACACUUGUCGUGCCUUCCACUAUAUUUCUUUUAUUUACUGUACUUGUAUGUGCUGGAGUUUUAGCGGUUUUAUGAGCUUAUUCUUUGAAACAUGCCUCUGUAUUAUAUAGAUCGGGAGCGUUAAAUA